CAAGAAUGCUACGAGCUUACGAAGACUUCCAGCCUCGCAGCGGCCCCAUGCUCGGGCGCCACAAACGACUCUUUGGCACCGCCAUUGCCGGAUGCUGCUGGUAUUGGUUGCACCCGUUUGGUGCAGUUUUCGCAGUGCCACGACGGAGUCUCCUUGCAGGACCGCUGCCCGUGCUGAUCAGUGCGCCGGCACAUGCGGAGAACUGGUUUGAUGUCAUUUGGGGCCUUAAGACAGAUGAACAAGUCAUUGAAGGGCAGGAACAAGAGGUGGAAGAGGACGCUGUCGGACCGUUCCUUUUUGGAAGCAGCAGUUUUGAGAGGUCAAGUUUCAGGGUCAAAUGAGGACUUAAAGAAGCAGCCUUUCACCAACUUCUUGGACCGAGCGCGGCUCAUGAAUCUUGAGGCUGUGCUAAAGGCAGAAGAGGAUACUGUCAAGGAUGAAGAGAAGGAUGUGGAACGAAGUGCCAGUCGAGGGAAGGCCUAUGAAAAGGACGAGGGUUACAGCCGCGAUCAGCAGCGCCUCAAGAGCUUCUCCAAGCUUGCGGAUCGGCUCCGCUUCAGCAAUGAGGAGAGUCAAGAGCUGUCUGACCUACAACAGAAGCUGAAGUUCCAGUGAGGAA